AAUCUCGUAUCAUUCAACUUUACUCGCGCGCGUGCAAUUGACAACACGUUUGCUGUUUGCAGCACAUCCCUCCGUGUCUAUGCUAUCGCUUGACAGUUCGCGUUACCAGCGUUGUCGUAUUUAUACUUGAAUAAACAGAACGUUUUGCAAACAUUUUCUAAAUUUUGUUGUUAUUAUUUAACGAGUUAACAUUUUAAUAAUCUUCACAGAUGUUUAGAAAAUUAAUUACAACAACUAGUUCUAUACAAAGUUAUUCUGAAAAUGUUUCAUAGGAACAGGUGUUUUUGAAAGAAGUGAGUGUUAUAGUUCCCAUCGUAAUUAUUUAUUUAUAGUGUUGUGAAUAGCAAAAAGUGUAUCGAUCGUGUGAUCAUUAGACUCCCCCAACAUAACAGAAAGUGGUAUCGUUGUUGUAGAAUUUAACAAAGGUUGAAAAAUUGCAUUUGAAGAGACGCUACCGGUCUGUCAGGAUUAUGUUUACGCUAUGAGCUUUAGCUUCAGAUCAGUGUUUUCGCAGAGAUAGUAGGAAAGGGCCUAUGCUUUGUGGUCGUCUUUUUGGGUCCAGAACGUAAUGAAGUGUAAAUUGAGGUGAGAGUGAGCCGUGGCUAGUAUGCCACACCAGUACGGCGCGGGCGCGGGUGGCAUGGGCGGGGGCCCACCGUCGCCGCCACCGCAGCACGGCGCGCUGUACCCGCGCUAUGCCGCCGCCGCAGGCCCCGGCGCCGGCGCCUACCGCCCCGAGGAGAGACGUCUCACGAGAGAGGCCAUGGAACGCUACCUCAGAGAUCGCUCCGACAUGGUGGUGGUCAUCUUACACGCUAAGGUAGCACAAAAAUCCUACGGCAACGAGAAGAGGUUUUUCUGUCCGCCCCCUUGUAUCUAUCUCUUUGGAGAUGGUUGGAGACUGAGACGUGAAAGAAUGCUGCGUGAGGGUGAGACCGAGCAAGCCUCACAAUUGUGUGCAUUCAUUGGUAUAGGCAAUUCGGACCAGGAUAUGCAACAACUAGAUCUUAAUAAUGGCAAACAAUAUUGUGCUGCCAAAACAUUGUACAUAUCAGACUCAGAUAAGAGAAAACAUUUUAUGUUAUCAGUAAAGAUGUUUUACGGCAACGGCCAUGACAUUGGUAUUUUUAAUAGUAAGAGAAUAAAAGUAAUUUCUAAGCCUUCUAAGAAGAAACAGUCAUUAAAGAAUGCUGAUUUAUGUAUAGCAAGUGGAACGAAAGUUGCAUUAUUUAAUAGAUUAAGAUCACAGACUGUUUCUACGAGGUAUCUUCAUGUGGAGAAUGGUAAUUUCCAUGCUUCAUCAACUCAGUGGGGUGCUUUUACUAUACACCUCUUGGAUGACAAUGAGAGUGAGUCUGAGGAAUUUGCAGUGAGAGAUGGCUAUGUCCACUACGGGUCCACAGUGAAACUUGUUUGCUCAGUGACUGGCAUGGCAUUACCACGGCUUAUUAUAAGAAAGGUGGAUAAACAAAUGGCACUAUUAGAAGCUGACGACCCUGUAUCACAGCUGCACAAAUGCGCAUUUUACAUGAAGGACACAGAACGGAUGUACCUCUGCCUCUCGCAGGAGAGGAUCAUUCAGUUCCAAGCCACUCCUUGCCCGAAGGAACCUAAUAAAGAAAUGAUCAAUGAUGGAGCUUGUUGGACUAUUAUAUCUACGGAUAAGGCUGAAUAUCAGUUCUAUGAAGGAAUGGGGCCAGUGAGGUCGCCAGUAACGCCCGUGCCUCUAGUCCACUCAUUAAACUUGAACGGCGGUGGAGACGUAGCGAUGCUAGAGCUUGCUGGGGACAACUUUACGCCAUCUCUGCAAGUCUGGUUCGGGGACGUGGAAGCUGAGACCAUGUACAGGUGUGCGGAGUCGAUGCUCUGCGUGGUGCCGGAUAUAUCGCAAUUUAGGGGACAGUGGCUGUGGGUCCGGCAGCCUACUCAGGUGCCCGUAUCCCUAGUGCGGAACGACGGUAUAAUAUACGCAACGGGUCUAACAUUCACGUACACCCCUGAACCUGGCCCUCGGCCGAUCUGCCCGCCGGUCGAUGACGUCAUGCGACCAGAACAAUGGCAUCACGAUGCUCACAACAGCCACAGAUUACCAGACAACAGCCUCCAAUAGCCAACACACUGCAGGUUGGAUAGUGACAACCUGCAGUGAUCGCCUCUGUGACCUCCAAAGAAUACGUACGUUCUAGCGGACCGGCGAGUGAUCUGCGCGCAUUGAUGGUGACAACAGCUAGACUCACAAUCGCCAAUUUAAAAGUCGAAAAUGUCCGAGCAGAGUUGUAAAAUUCAUUCAAAUUAACACCUUAUACCUAAGUAGUAAGGUUCAAAGUGUGCGGUACACAUUCAUUACAAAACUAUGCCUACUAGACGAAUAGGCAGAGCUUUGCAUCGGACAAUUUUUGAGUGUGAUCGUGAGUCUAGUUUUUUUAUUCUUCGUCAAUAUCUACGUUAGGGUAUCGCGCGAUUUUUAUAAGGAUUUUUAAGGGUUCUGUUGAAUGUAUGUUUAUUAAUGAUGCUCAAUUUGUUUUAUCAUUUGAUGCGCAUUGUUGAUAUUUUCGGAUACGAUUUCAAUAACACUGAUUAUAUUUAUAAAUAGCUGCUUGCCUCGAAAAUAUCACUUGUAAAUCUCCUAUUAGCUGUGACAAUAUUAUUAGCGGCUCCUACGUCCGUGUAAGCGGCUGGAUACAUGUGAACAUCUUGACAUUCACGUGGUAUCACAACUAUUAAUCUAAAAUAUUUGCUUUUAAUUCGUUUAUCUUUAAUAUCAAGAGAUCGUUUAGAUUUCGAUUUGCAUUUAAAGUAAUAAUUGUUUUCGGUCAACGUUUGCGGAGUCUCAACAUUUUUUAUUUAUUUACAUACACCAUGGGAAUGGUUUUAAACAAUUGAAUUGUGAUAUUUAUAUGUACACCACUAUUAAUUAAACGAAUUUAAUUUUAAUAUUAUCUAGUGGUGUAUUCGCAAUAAACCGAGAUAAGUGAACUGUUACAAAUUUAUGUUUGUUGUGUUUUUAUCAGCCUGGGAAAAUGCUUUAGUUUUGUUGUUCAUGUCCGUUUAUAUGCGGCUCAAAGAACAGAUUCGGAACAUUAUUUGUAUGUGUAAUGUAUUUUUUUUUAUAGAGACCCAGUGCAAGUUUGGUCUUUACUUUUCCCCGUAUUUUAACUGAUUUUAUUCAUGACACAAUACUUUAUUUUAAAAGAAUUAGGAAUCUUAUAAAUUUCAAUUAUUGUAAACAAAUAAUAGUAGUAAAUAAUAAAGGUGAAUAAAUACUACAUAUACGUUAGAAAUUGUUAUUUUAAUACUGAUGUCCACAAAAAAUGGUAAGCUUUAUAAAUUGUAAUGUAAACGAUAAAGUUGUGAACCUAAUAACUAGGUUUGAGAUUAUAACACCAAAACGCUUCUAAAAUAAGUUUCUUAUAGUAUCGAAACAAUGUAUUAUAAUAAGUAAGAUUUGAUUACAUUUGUCAAUUUCAUUUAGAAGUUUAUAUGCGUAUUUCGUACCAAGAACAUUUUUGUAAUCAUUAUUGUUUUAAUCGAUCAGGGUAUCAAUAGGAUCAAACGGUAUUAUUAUGUAAUUGUUACCGUCUCGGUAUACCUACAGGAAAGUCAAUUUUAUUAAGGGCUGAUUUUUCAAUCCUCGGUUAAAACUUAUUCGUCGAAUAACGUAUUAAACUGCCAUUUCAAAAUGUAUUCUUAUUGCAUGCAAUUAACAGUUUACAAGUGUCAUUUUAAUAUUAUCGUGUAAUACUUUAUUGGAUGGGUAAGUUUUAACCAGGGAUUGAAAAAUCGGCCCUAAAAAUACCAUAGAUGUUCAACAACUGAAAAAAGACCAUACAUUCCUAUUUGUCAAAUUUACAGAUACGCACACGGAUUAUUUAAAUUUAAUGUAAUUUAUAGUUAAGAACCAAAGUAGCAUAAAAUUAUCUAUUUCAAUGUGAUAAUUUUCUUAUCAAUUACAUUUAAAACUACGCGUACUUUUAAUAUAUUAGAGCGAGUCCCAAACAAGUUUCUUGUAAGAUUUUUGAAGUCAAUAAUUUUUACUGUUAUGUAUUAGUCUAUGGGGUAAUUGACACGAGAUUAAACGAGUUAUAUUUUAUUUAUGUGAAGGCAAAUGUUCAGCUUCGCUCUACAUAAUUUGGUUUCACUUUUGAAUGGUCAACGCUCAUUGCAUUUCUUUUUAUAGAUUAGAUUUCCCAUUCAUCAAAAUUUUGAAAAAAUAAUUGUACAUUAUUUACACGCUGAUAAUGUCUUUCAUGACUACUAUGAGAAGUUUGUAUUUUCUGGUUGUUGUAAAGACGAACACAUCUGUUAGGCGCGUAGUAUCCAUUGUAUGUAUGUAUAUUUCCGAGAUACUAAUGAACAAUGUAGUUAAUUAAGCUAGAUGUAGUGCAUAGUACAUUAUCUAGACGGAUAUAUAUUUAUUGUACUGAUAAAAUUUUUACAAAAUUUGCUAAUAACGAUAUUUAUAUUAUAAGAGCGUGAUUUUGAACAUUCCAAGUGGAAAGUUUUAUAAGAAGUACAAAAUAUAUAAAUAUUUUUGUAGGAAAAGACGUUUAAAUAAUGUGAUUACCUUUAAUUUGUGACUAUGGAGAAAUUGGUAUUAAUUGGCGCACUUGAAUCCGUCGAUGUUAUUGGUUUAUCGAUAUUUCUUUACCUUUUGGUAUUUGAGUCAUGAUUCAGAAAUAUUACUGUCAUUUUGAAACAUGAAUAUUUUAAUAAAUCUGAAUUUAAACAA